AUGGGAGAUAUAAAACUAAGCUCUGUUGGGAUAAAAAAUCCUGAUGAAUUGCAUAAUAACUUUGAUAUAGCUAAGUGCAGAUUUGAAAAUUUAUGUAUGAGCAUGAAAGAAAAUAAUUGGCUUUUGAAUGAAUCUAAGAAUAUUAUUGCAGAUCAAUUAAAUCUGGAUAUUGUUGAGGAAUGCUGUUCGAAAAAUGAAGAAAAUGCAUACUGUAUGCCUCAUUCCGCAGUUGUAAAAAUCGACAAAGAAACGAUGAAGGUUAGAAUGAUUUUUGACGCUUCUUCGAAAGGUAAAGGUUAUAAAUCUUUAAAUGAUUGUCUUACACCUGGUCCACCUUUGAAUCCUAGAAUCCUUGAUGUGCUAUUGAGAUUUCGCGAAUUUGAGUUCGCAUUUUGUAGUGAUAUACAAGCAACAUUUUUAACAAUUGAAAAAUCUGAAAAGGAUAGGAAUGAUCUAUAG